ACUAUCUGCUCUACUACCGCCAUUUACGUUACAGAGGCCGAGCUGCCGUGAGUUUAGCUGUAAGUCAGCACUGUCUGGGCCGCAAAAAGGACCUUUACUCUUACCGAAGCCUUGUGUGGAUUUCGAUUUCGAUUAGGACAAAGUUUUGUCCGAGUUGAUGACUGAAUUGCACCGCCAAAUUAGCAAUGACGACUUUAGCGCCGGAGGUGGGAACUGAUGGCACUCUUGAAGGGGAGAAAAAAAGAGUUUCCUUUGAUUUUGGGAGUGACGGAAACGCUGGCUUUCUUCGAGAAGCGCGGGAUGGAAACCUCAAUGAGGUUUUGGAGUACUUGAAGGGAAGUACCGACAUCAACACCAGCAACCCGAAUGGCCUGAAUGCACUCCAUCUGGCAUCCAAGGAAGGCCAUGUCAACAUCGUCACUGAACUGCUGCGCCGUGGUGCCAACGUGGAGGCUGCAACUAAGAAAGGAAACACUGCCCUCCACAUUGCGUCACUGGCCGGACACGAAGACAUCAUCAAGAUUCUGACCGAGAAUGGAGCUAGAGUCAACGUACAAGCUCAGGCUGGCUUUACUCCACUCUACAUGGCCGCACAGGAGGGUCACUCCGAAGUACUCAAGUUCCUUUUGGCUAAUGGGGCCAACCAAAGCUUGGCUACUGAGGAUGGCUUCACCCCCCUGGCUGUGGCCUUGCAGCAAGGACAUGACAGAGUGGUCAGCGUUCUGCUAGAACACGACAGCAAGGGCAAGGUCAAACUACCUGCCCUGCAUAUCGCUGCAAAGAAGGAUGAUGUCAAGUCUGCUGCUCUGCUGCUGCAGAACGAGCAGAACAACGUAAACACAGAAACCAAGAGCGGAGGUUUGGUGAAUGAUACAACCAAGAGUGGCUUCACCCCUCUGCACAUCGCCUCCCACUACGGCAACACAAACGUAGCCAAUCUCCUCAUCCAGAGAGGCGCAGAUGUCAAUUUCAAAGCAAAGAACUUCAUCACCCCCCUACAUGUUGCUGCUCGAUGGGGAAAGGCCAACAUGGUCACCCUGCUACUGGACAAUGGCGCCAACAUUGACGAGAGAACCAGGGACGGACUGACACCUCUCCACUGUGCUGCUCGGAGUGGACACGAGGGUGUCGUGGAUCUGCUGCUGGAACGGGGAGCCCCCAAUUCUGCCAAGACAAAGAACGGCCUGACUCCCCUGCACAUGGCAGCCCAGGGAGAUCACGUGGACUGUGCCCGUCUGCUUCUCUACCACAAAGCCCAGCUGGAUGAAAUCACUGUGGACUACUUGACACCUCUGCAUGUGGCGGCUCACUGCGGCAACGUGAAAACAGCGAAACUCCUCCUGGACAGAAAGUGUGAACCCAAUGCCAGGGCACUGAAUGGCUUCACCCCCGCUCCACAUUGCAUGUAAGAAGAACAGGAUCAAGGUUGUUGAGCUGCUGCUUAAGUAUGGAGCUUCUAUCGAGGCUACCACUGAGUCUGGGCUCACUCCACUGCACGUGGCAUCAUUCAUGGGCCACAUGAACAUCGUGAUCUACCUGAUACAACACAACGCUAACCCGGACACCCCUACAGUCCGUGGCGAGACAUCCCUUCACCUCGCAGCCCGCGCCAA